AUGGCCUUGAAUAUAACCAGAGCGUUGCGCAUAUGCCGCAUCAGCCCGCUCGUCGGCUUCAAGCCCGGAGCUGGUGUGGUCUACCACCCAUCGGUUGAGGAGGCCCUGGAAAACGACAACAGGCGCCUCAAACGCGCUAUACAGAAAGGCUACGAACUCCCGAAAAUAGAAGGAGAACGCAUGUACCACGGCCUGGAUUCGGCCAAGACCGUGGAGAACAACUGGGAGUCGCUGCGUACCGUGCGGUAUCCCAUGAACGGAGGGUACGACAGGUUCUCGUACCGCCUGCCUCAGGUGCACGCAUUCAACGAGGACGAACUGGCCAAGUUCUUCGACUCCACGGACUACCAGAAGAAGUUCACGCUCUCCGAAAUAUGGAUGUCCGGCAAGCACAGAAUCACGUGCCUGCUCACCAUCUACAUCGGAUUCAUCGCGCCCUUCAUUUUCGUCUGGGCGGAGGGCGUAUGGAGGAACCACCGCGAGCCCAUUGAGCCCGCGAUACCGGUGGAGGACUACUUCAAGCACUUCGUGUGGCACCAGGUCGGGCCGCAGAUCAACCACCACGCCUACCAGCAGUACUGCGAGGCGAGGCGCACGAACAAGUGGCGCAACCCUCACAUCAACCCGGAGGACUACAUACCGCCGGAGUUCAGGAACCUCCAGUCCUUCGAAGGCGUCAAGCUGGCCCACUAA